UAUAUGAUUUGGUCAGCGAACACAAACAAAAAUUGUUCAGUACUCUUUUUGUUUUUGGUACAAAAGAUUGUUCAGUACUCUAGAGACGAUUGAAGAAUGCAUGAGAGAAGCCUCUUCAUUUUCCAUCUAAUACCCAUCCCUUCAUUCUAGCUUCUACUUGCAACACUUCUUAAUCAAUCAAACAACUCAUUGUUCUUCAACAACAUGGAUAACAAUCCCCCAUUUCUUCAACCCCAGAACACACGAGACAAAGCUGCGACAAGGAUGACUAUUGACAUUAAUAGUACCAACUUUAGUACUUCAAACGACAAUGUGCCUAACUCAAAUCAGCAACAACAACCGCCGCCGCCGUUACCACAUCCACAACAAGGUCAUGCAUUUGCACACUCACCAUUUCCCUUUUGGAUGCCUCAAGUGGUUGCUCCUGCUGUACAUGGAGGAGGUAGUUCCUCAACAACCCAGACCAUUGGAUACACAUAUUCUUGCUAUCCAGCUGCUUGGAAUCAAUCUGUUCAUUUGGCUCAGAUGCAUCAAUUACAGCAUCCUUAUGUUCCCAAUUUUGUUGGAACCUCUAGCUUUUCUUCAGAAACUCCUAACAUACCUGGAGAGAGUUCCUUGCAAAUAGAAAACAUCAAACAACAUGAAAAUCUUUCUCCGAAGCACAAGAAACUUUGGGAAGAGCAGUUAAUGAAGAAUUUUCAGCUCCGGAAUACGGUAAGUAGAUUGCAAGAUGAAGUUUCGAAUUACAACUAUCGACUAACUAAGAUUGAAGAAGAACUUUCAUCACUCAAACUUAAAGCGGAAAAGUCUACCAAUGAAACUGUAAGGAAAGAAGUUUCACCACUCGAACAUAGAGCAGAAAGGUCCGUCGAUGAAGCUGUGAGGAUAGAAUUUUUAUCACUCAAACAUCAAGCGGAAAAGCCUACCAAUGAAACUGUGGAGACUAUCCCGGUCAGAACAGAACAACCACGAAAGAGAGGGAGGCCACGUAAGCUGUCAAUACCUUCAACAGAUGCACCACACGAGUCUCAAUCUCGAGCUAUUGGGAAAAGCCCCGCACCGAGUAAGCCUCAGUUUAAGUCUAAAGAACCCAUCUUUGAAAAAGUUAUCCUUAAAGAAAGAACAUUUCCUUCUACUGCAUGCGGAGGCCAAGUUAAUCAGGGAAGUCAUGGAGGACCCAGUUUGGGACCUUACGUUAAUUUUGAACCAUCAAAGCCAGAUAAAGGGUUGAGCAUGGGUGUUCCAGAUCAAUGUAAUUUGCAGUUUUACGCACAACAUUUGCGGAAUUCUGGGAAGAUUUAUGGAACUCCUUCUCCAUACCCUACUAGGCCUGUGUUAAGUUUAGUCAAUAAAAAUGUAUUCUAUAAACGUAGUUUCAUACCAAAUGUUGCAAAUGAAGAGGGUGCUUCAAAAGAGCAUGAAGAUGAAAAUGAGGAAGAAGUGAGAGAUGAUGAAGACACUUGUUCUGCUGCCUAAGAGAUUGGUGUAACAAAAGAUGAAUAUUGCCAAAGCAAGUUUUUCAAUUUUGAAAAGUUAUGCAUCUACUUAACAAUUGUUAAUAGUACUUUUAGGAGAAGUUACUUGCAUCUAGUUUCCUAACAAUAGAUUUGUUGGAUUAUGGGACCACUAUGUUCAAUUGUGAUAAUCUUCUAGCUAGGUGGGUUACCUAGAAUUUUUGGUAAAUUUUCAUUACUAAUAUUUUGCCAUACCAA